AUGCAGCAAGUGAGCCCCGCGGCCGCGCCACGACGCUUGACUGGCACUCCGGCGCGUCAGCACUUGCGCUCCAAGGUCGCAACCGCCUGUAUUGCCAUCUACCUCCUGCUAACGCCACUGCAAGCCUACUUGUACGAGAACUUUCCAUGGCAGCUCGAGACUCCGCCGUCGCUCGAGACUGUCGCGACGUGGCAGCAGGCCGAAGCGUUCUGGCUCCGUUUUGCCCACAACCGCUAG